AUAACUAGAUAUACAUAACGUAGGCCUAAUUACCUGUCAUUUUUGUCCUGUCAUUAAAUUUGCUAUUUCAAUAGGAUCAAAAGAUCCCGCAAAGCACUUCCUGGACGGGUCUCUGGAGACUAUGAAUCGUAUAGGUUUACAUCGUUGACGAAAGAGAAAGUAAGGCCUAUACAAUGGACGGUGGCGGAGAUGAAAUAUCAGAUGAACGGAUAGCGGAGGCUUGUCUCAGAGGGGUCAUGGAGGAGGAGCUGAGGGAGGGCCACCUGGACGUCGAGGCUCCGGCGCUGCCACCGGGCCCCGAGCCGCAGAGUGAGGCGGAGAGAGAUUUGAUGGAUGAGUUGGGCCGAAGGGUUCGCCAACAGAGCUCCAUUCUCAAAGGCAACCAAGAGUUACAAGACUCCAUCGAUGGGGUGAUUCGAAUGCCAGGUUCAAUGAUGGACAAGUUCUCACAGCUGGCAGGCAAAGUGUUUAAGAAUGGAGUGACCUGGGAUAAAAUCAUAUUGCUGUUCUAUGUUGCCGGAAGGAUGGCAAUAAAGGUGAUGGAAGAUAAUCUGCCUCUACUGGUGAUUGAGAUCUUCAAGAUAGCGUUGAAUUACUUCAAGGAGAAACUACUGGGCUGGGUCGGUAGCCAUGGAGGAUGGAGCAACAGUCUGUCAGAGCUAAGUGGCCGUAUGCAGGGCAUGCCACUCACCACCAAGCAGACACUCAUCAUCAUCGCCGGCCUGGCCUUCCUAAGCAUCGUCGCCUGGAAGCGGACACGGAGGGCCUGAAGCCAGGGCCACGGAGGGCCUGAAGCCAGGGCCACGGAGGGCCUGAGGCCAGGGCCACGGAGGGCCUGAGGCCAGGGCCACGGAGGGCCUGAGGCCAGGGCCGCUUCCAGCCAUUUGGGUGAUUGCUUAGUGGUAGUUAUGACUCCAUUUCACCUACAGAUUUUGAUCUUACUCUCAUUUUGACAGAGAAAUCGGUUAUACCAGCCUGUUAUCAGUAUCAGUCACAUUCAGUUACUCAGUGGUGUAUUGUAAGGAUAGGUUUCUUCAGAUUGCAAAAUUAUUUUUACAAACAGAUUUUUUUAUAUUUGUAUUUGACAUAGGGCAAAGAAAAUAAUGCGUGCUCCGCAAAAAUAAAUAGCCUAACUAAAUAAGCGGGCCUCGUCCAUGCAGUAUACGCUCUGGCUCGGCUGCAUGUCUGACACGGCAGAAGUCGAAGAGCUCGUCCCUCGUUGCGGAUCAUCGUCCGUUAUCUGGAAAUAUUUCGGAUUUAGGGCAAGCGAUUUGAACCAGCAUCAAACAAUCUUCAAAGUGUGCCGUAGAGCUGUGUCAGCGCCGCAAGGCAACACCACUAAUUAAUUCAGCCACCUGAACACACACCACAAAAUAGACUGACGAAGGCAUGAAUGCUAUAAAAGUGUUGCAUCGGCUGCUAACACGAGUUGUCCCACAUCUAGCCAGACGUCCAUAAAUCGAGCCUGUACAGCAAGACACCGUGUCCAUCAGGUCACAAAGACACACCGAAAUCGCCAAUGCAAUCACAUUCCAUUUGGCCAAAGAUAUGUGUCCAAUAAACACCGUCAGGAAUGAAGUCUUCAAGAAAAUGGUAAACAUACUGGACAAUAGGUAUGUUAUCCCCUCGCGCAAUUAUUUUUUCAAAGUGGCGUAUUCAAAACGUCAGGGACAAUGCCUUUUGUUCUGGUGCAUUCUCUGGUGGCAUAUUUAUUUUAGUAAUCCUAUUUAUUUCAACGCCUUAUUUACAAGUUUAACAAAUCUUUUACAAUUUAAACAUUGUCAAAUCUGUGCCCUGUUGAUUUUAAGUUGGUGAUAUCUAUGCAAAGAUUUGUACAUUAGCAGGAAUGUAGCACAAUGGUUCACGGUUGUUAAAGCAGUGUUAUGUUAACGUGAUCGUUCAAUAAAAAUAUUUGUCAAUCAAAUGAAUAAUCGUGGUAAAUAAUCGGGAUAUCAGUAUUGAUCAAAAUAAUUGUGAUAAUCAUGUUGGCCAUAAUCCCGCACCUCUAAUAUUUCUUUCUUUCUUUAUUUCAAGGGUAGCCCCUUGAGAUGUAUCAUCUCAUUUUCGAGGGGGUCCUUACAAUAAUGACAAAUAAUACAAUGAAAGUAAAAAGUAAGUUAUAAACAUAAAUUCAAACACAUAAGCACAAGGACAAACGCACGCACACUCACACACCCACACUCACACACCCACACACACACACGCACACUCACACACCCACACACACACACACACACAC